UGCACCUGGAUUCCUAAGGAUUAGCAACGGGCUUGCUUCCGAGUUCUUGAAUCCCUUCCAGCUUUGUCCAAAACCCUUUUUUUUUUCUUUUUAGUUUUUGGUUUGUAACACGCUAAGAAGGGAGGGGAAAGGGGACUGACUGCAGGAGGGAUGAGCAGCAGUGGGCUGGUUCUGAGCACCCCAAAUCUUGAAGAAAGUACAGUGUUUACGCAAUUAAACCCAGUCACAAUGUCCAGGGAGUCUGCUGAAGACACUUCGGUCUUUGAAGACAUCAAACCUGCUAUAAGGAUCUUGGAAAAUCAACAUGAGUUGGCGCAGCUUACUCCAUUGAGGAUGGAGCAGCGAAUGCAGCUUACUAUGGAGGCACGUUCUGAAAUGGACAAGUACCUCGCCAGUCAGCUGAUGCCAGUUCCAAUGGUGCCAGACAAGAAGUACCGAAGAGAGAGCGCCUCUGUGGUAGAUGAGUUCUUCUCGACAGAGAAGCCCUCCUCCACGCCAUACAGCGUGAACAUCAAUGUGAUACUGCCUGACACCACACACCUGCGAACCGGGCUCUACCGGCCUGCCAAACCCCUCACCCCAUUCCCACAGAUCAAAACAGAGCCUGGCACCAGCUUCACCCAGCCCUGCUCAUCCACGGCAGGCUCGACGCAGACGCUGCCGGAUUUCACCAGUGUCUUCAGCAUGCCGCAGUCGGUGGCGGUGAACAAUAUCUUCAUCAAGCAGGAGAUGCCCUCAGAGAUCCCUUUGUCUGGCAGCCCGCAGCAGGCCCAGCUUUACCAGAUGCCCAUUGGAAAUGGUGAUGCUGAUGUCGCCACAAUGGUGCCCUCUACUGGCAGCACCACAGCCAUCAACACCAUCAGCGGCGUCACCAUGUCCACCGGCAGUGCCAUGCUCCCCAGACCCAUCCAGCCUGGUGGACAAGUGAAGCACUUCCAAAAUGUCUCCCAAGGUCAGGGGAACUUCAACAUCACGGGGCAUUUCUACCCUGUCCCAGGACUGAACCUGCCCCCUUCACCUCCAAACUCACAGCCUGGCAGCCCUGAGAAUCAACCUGAGCUCAUCAACACCAUCUCGCCCCCACCCUCCUAUGAAGCCACAUUUGGACUGAAGCUGGUACAGUCGUCCCAGAUCCCCACACUCCCAAAUGGUCUCGGGACCCUCUCCCAAGGGCACAUUAUCAUGCCAACCCCCAAAUACAACAGACGCAACAACCCAGAGCUGGAGAAAAGGAGGAUCCAUCACUGUGAUUACCCAGGUUGCACAAAAGUUUACACCAAGAGUUCCCACCUGAAAGCACAUCAGAGAACUCACACAGGAGAGAAGCCAUACAAAUGCACCUGGGAAGGUUGCGACUGGCGCUUUGCCCGCUCCGACGAGCUUACCCGGCACUACCGCAAGCACACAGGCGCCAAGCCCUUCAAGUGCCUAGCCUGUGGGCGCUGCUUCUCCCGCUCCGACCACCUGGCUCUGCACAUGAAGAGACACCAGAACUAGUGGCAGAGCUCCUGCCUCGCCCUUGCCUUCCUUCCAGGAGCAGCUGGGAUGCCUUCUUAGACAGAUGACUCUUCUUGUACAUAGGAACAAAACCAUGCUGUGAUCAAAUGGCAACGUGUGAGCUCUGUGCACGCUUCCUCCUGUCACCAAGGUACUCUUAGUUAAAGGAUGAUUAAAACUAUAUCUGUAUCCUGGCCAGGAUCCCACUUCCUGACCAGGAGAUGUUCCUUGGACUCCAGGACUCUCCCUUCCAGUGAAUUUGCUAUUUAUUUUUCACUAUGAAGCAAUUUUCCUUUUUGUCUCAAACUCUUUGGAGCCUUCCCUUCCCUUUUGGGAUCUGCCUCUGGUUGGGAAUGAGCAGAAAUAUGUCGGGCGGAUGCGCCACUGGGCUAGCCAGCUGUUAGGAGGGCUUUAUCAAGUUCUUUGUGGAGCCUUCUUGGACUGAGCUAUUCCAUAACCAAGUUGCCACCAGCAGUGUAGCACACAGGACAUCCAGGCCAUGCAAGAAUAGCAGUGAGUGUUCAUGGAUUGUUUGGAAAGUCGGGUCUUUAGUCUUCACCCUCGUGGUUGCAAGAAACAAGGGCAGGAAAACCUAUCCCCAAGAAGUGCUGCCACAGCUGGGACAGAUCCAAAGCAGACAACAAAGCUGUUGUUCACGCUCCACUGAGACCAGCUGAUAUUUCCUGCAAGAGAGGUCGCUUUGGUUGUGAAUUCCUAGAUUUCUUUGCCAGACAUGUCCAACACUUGGCCCUUAGCAUUUCUGCUUGGAGGAUGGUUUUAGCUUUUGCUCUCUCUGUUGUGAGAACCAGGUUGGCUUUCAGGGGCAGGAAGUGGCCAGUCCC